GACUGGGCGCGCGGCCAGGCUUCCAGGGGACGAGGGUAGAAAGAAAUGAGGGGCGGGGCCUCAGCCGGAGGCGGGGCCUGCACGGCGGAUAUGGGGGGGCGGAGCCCCGGAGCCGGGACAAGACUUCCGCUGCCCGCGCGGAGGUGGACGGAGACUCCGGCGGUGGAACCCUUCCAGAUACCCCGCCCAGUCCUCUCUUUUCUGCUCCUGCCGAGUCCCACCAGUGGAGGCUUCCGGAGCGGGGAGGAGGAGCGGAGAGCCGCCCUGGGAGGCAGCGCUGGGUCAACCCAGAGGAGAGGAUGUGGCGUUCUGGGUCACCCAUCUGGAGCCAGUCCCACGGCCUCGUCUUCUGCAGGAGGAAAGCCGAUUGUCCUCAACUGGCCCCUGUGUGCCUUCCAAGAAGUCACGAGACCGGACGUGGGGCCUCACAGCCGAAAGCCCUUGGUGCCAGGAGAGACGAGACCGGACCCGGUGCUUGUGGUCAAGUGUCUAGUGGACGGACUCAGCCCGGGCCCGGGGUGCCCUCCCCCUCCCCAGCCCGUGCUCCUCCUGCGUUCCUGUCCUCAGUGGGCCUGCUGGCGAGCCGCCCCAGGGGCUUCUUCCUCGCCUGCCAGGGAUCAACUCACCCCACACACGCUGCCCGGGGGGAGACGAGGCCCAUACACACACCUGUCUCCAUCCUGUCAUGCUGCACGGGAGUCAAGUUCACGUCUGUCCCACGGCCCCCACCCCGGAGCUCCUGGAUAGAAAGGACCACAGCUGGCCAUCGGCAGGGUGCACUUCGGACUGCCCCCUGCACUGGGCACAUGCUAGGCUUGGGGACACAAUGUCCGGGGCAGGAGAGAGGAGGCUCCAGGAAGUGCAGGUGUGGUGGCCCAGCAGGACCACUGCGGGAACCACACCCAGGAGGCUGGGCAGAUCUGUUCCAGAAGAGCCCUUGGCUGUGUGGAGGAGGGGACAACAAAGGGCAGUGGCAGUCAUGCACGGAAUGGGGACAGUGAAUCUGGGGGCCUGCGGUCAGCGGUGUGGGCCAGGGAGGGGUGCGGACCCCAAAACAAGGACCAAGGGGGCAGGCACGACCAGAGAAGGACAGACCCAUGUGGAACCCAGAGGGUUUGGGCAGGUGAGGGGUCACCAGGGAGAUGGACGCGGGUCUCGGGGCCCCCAACCCAGCUCGACCCACACCCGCCCCCACCUGAAAUGCUCCGGCUCCAGGCCCCCUCCCGAGGCCCUCCCUGACCUUCCUGGGGGGAGAGCCGCCCCUUCCCUGAACAUCCACAAAACCGACCGGCUGCACCUCUGUGUUUUGGAAUUCAUUACGGUCAGUGCACAGGGGAAAUACGUCAAAUGAAGCAUAAUGUUUUUACCCAGAACACAUGAAAUUAAUUAAAUAGAGUACAUGGCUACUAAA